UUUGUUACAGAUCAUGAAACAAUAACAAAUUCUAAUAUAUGAACUCAUCAUGAGCUUGUUUGUUGAUUUGCGCCAAAUCAAAACAUCCGUAUCUAAUCUGUCGGAGAUGGUGGAUAAAAUAUCUACGUCGGUCGGCAAGGAAAAACACAACGACGCUCGCCCCCGACACGACGAUUCCGUGCUCUUCGACGAACGCCCGCCAUACAAGCCUACGUUGGGAUUCGGGGUUCGGUUUUCUCAGAGUCAAGAGGAUGUUUAUAAAAAUAUGCCUUCAUCACGCCUACGUAGUCAUAUGUCACUUCCAAAUUUAGGUAAAGCAAGUGGAGUUUUCGAUAAAACUAACAUGGCUCAUAAGAGUGGCCCUAAAAUACUCGAAUUAGAUGAUAAAGACGUCGAAAAUUCCGCUAAAGACACCAUACAAUCCUUGUCUGAUAAUAUUAGCGAUUGGAUUAUGACCUCCACAUAUAAGAGACCACAUUUUGAUGAUAAUGGAGACACGCAUCCUAUGGACUUUGUAGAGUAUGUAAAGUAUUACAUAUCAGAGCUGAACAUGCCUGAAGAAAAAAAACUCGCUUUUAUUAUAUCAUGCUUCGAAGGUGUACCUCUUAUGUGGGCUCGCUGUUUCAAAUGUGAAUUCAAAGACAUAGACAACUUCUUCAAGGCGUUCGAAGAAGAAUUUUGGGGGGCUGACAGGCAAAAGGCUGCCCUGUAUGAUAUGAAGUUGGGAAAGUAUGACGAGACUAAUCAACAGAUGCCUAUGUCGGAAUAUUUUUUGCAGAAAGUUUCUAGUUACAGACACCUAAAUCCGCCGCCCUCCGAUCUGGAGAUCGUGUACUCAUUGGCAGCUCACUUUCCGUCAGCCGUUGAGCUGGAGUUGCGGUUGUCCCCGAAGCCGACGCUACGUGAAGCUUACAGGAUGCUGAAACGCAGAGAGGGCGAAGCGUCGGACUUCCUUCCGAAUUAUUUGUACGAAAUGUGCGAAGCAUUCCAACGCGGCCAGAGACCGGAGUCGGCGCGUCGCCACGACGCCGGGCUUGUGGCAAACUCGACAGACAAACAUUCCUAGAAAAACGCUGCUUUUUUUUACAUUGUACCACGAUUUUGUUACGUAGGUACUUAUCGUCAUAAACAAUCGAUUCUAAUCCUUUUGUCUGUAAUGGAUGGCUCUGUACUCGAUUCUAUACCAUAUUCAAGUGAAGUAAUUCCCAGAAUUAAAAAAAGAUGUUUACAGAAAUGGGAAUACCAUUUUGGAGAACAAGCUUUAUCAAGGGGUGUUGGAAUCUGGUACAGAACAAUUCAAGAUAGACCCUUGUGGAUACCCUGGUUUGAUUCUGCUAACCUCUCUAGAAAAGUGUUAGUCUCAGCUUUCCGAGUCCGGUCCGGACACAUCCCUACAAACAAAUUUCUGUGCAUGAUGGGUGUUAAAUCGCCACCACUGUGUGCAAACUGUCAGAAGACUGAUGACUUGUCUCACGUGUUGUUGGAAUGCGU